CAUCAUCGAAAAUCGCUCCCGUCCAAUUCUCCAGCGACCGCAGCAAUGGCAGACGACACACGGCAAGGCCAGGCUCCCGCGCCUGAUGUGACUCAGUCUGGCGACCCCAAUGUACGCCCAUACCAAGGCAAAGUCUACGAAGCUGUCGCUGCGCCGCAGCAACGUCAAAAUCCGAACAUCAUGCCCGGCGGUACUCAGCAUACCGCUGGAGGAGAGAAAGUCGAAGAGCUUGCGCUGUCCAAAGCAGUCGGCAUGAUCCAACCGCAUGAAUUCUUCGAGAUACACAAGUAUCCUUGUGUCAGAGAGGCACUGUUGACCGGUAUCGGGACCGGCUUUGGCAUUGGCGGUAUCAUGGGCAUCUGGGGGAAACCCCUCAUGAAGUCUUGCAAUUGGGCAAUGGGCGCCUUCUGCAUCAUGUCGAUAGGCGGGUACGAGUUUUGCAAGCGGAAAAUACAGCUGGAGAAGGAGGGCCUGACCAGAGCUGUGGAGGUCAUGGAGCGGAAGAAAGAUGAGAAGAAGAUUAGGAGGGAGCAGGCGAUUGCAGCGCGCAGAAAAGCAAAGGAAGAGCAGGACAGGUUGGACGAGCUGCGCAUGAAGGAGGAAGCGAAAAGGAGCAAGUCGUGGUGGAAGGUUUGGUGAGAGUGAGGCAAUCUUGAUGCUCCGUAUUUUUAUAAAUAUGAACAUCUAUUCUGUGUGCUGGGAGGUAGGUACAGUACCUUUGGCCGCAGCUGUACGCAUUAGGUAGUACGGAUACAAUGGCCUGAAUUCCACAAGUUUUGGGCACGC